AUGCCGCAUCACACGGGCAAAGACAGUAUGCUAGACCCUACAAGUGCCGGUCCCAUCCUCGCAGCUCAACUUACCCCUCAAGCCCCCUCAACAAAAGACCCCCCUAGGCAGGGAUGCUCGUCGAUGAUCUCACAAAACCUUGCCUGUUCCCAGCAGGCCAUCGGUGCUGCUUCUUCUUCUUCUUAUUUUCUCUUCCUGCUAUACCAUCUAAAUCCUUCUCCAGAUCUCAUCCACCCCCAAACUUCCGAAUUCGUCGACGACCUGCUUCUUUUGAACCGUCUUCGACACCAAACUCCUCGACAUCUCGCCUACAUCCAUCUCAUCUACCUGUCCAGCAUGUCUUUUACCCCACGCCAACAAAGACAGCUAGUCAGGCUUCAUGCCGGUGCCUUCUCCCGCAACCGCCCGGUCGUCAUCGCCACGACUCUCGUCGUCGCCGCCUUGGCGACUGUCAAGUACCAGUCCUCGUCCAUGAGAUCCAAAGAGCAGGCCGCACCCGACCUAUACGUACGCGUUGACCGCAGCGGAGGCGGUGUCUGA